AUGCGAGAUGAAAACAUGGUGAAUAGUGCCGAGGAUUCUUUGAAGAAGCUUCUAGAUAAGAACAACCGCGAUCUGAAUAUCGAUGACGGAUAUUUGCGAUUUGAUAGCUCGGCAGAUCCCGAACCACAAUCGCAUUUUUGUCGGGUAGUGAAUAAAUCGGGUAAUACGGAAAUCAAAUUCACCGACCAGCCAUCUUGUAUGGGUAGAAGUGAUGGUGCUACCACUCAUAAUGGUAAAUCCUAUGAGGCAUCAAAUUCUGAAUCCACGAACGCGGACGAUGCGUUUUUUGACCUCUUGUCUCGUAUGCAGUCAGCUCGACUUGACGAGCAACGAUGUGAUCUUUCCAUAAUCACAUCGCGAACAGGCACUGGACGACGACAAACGGACAGCUUAAUGGCAACACAAAAUGACGACUCCUUCGUAAUACCCGAAGAUCGCAAGUCGUUGCUUGGACGUGUUCGAGACACGUUGGCCAGAACUGCAAGACGAUCGCGUAAAAACCGUGAUGGCAACAGAAGCAAUACGUCGAUGACAACCGACGAAGGAACGAACAGUUACAAGGGCAGCUUUGAUAGCAUCAAUACUUUGGCAACACAUUGGGUGACCGUUGACACGCCAAGUGGAGAGCAAAAGGUGUUCACAGUGGACUUUCAGAGGAAUACGCCACAUGGCGAGCAUUCUGUACCGCCGAGUUUGAAGACACUCUUCGAAGAUGCUGAAAAGGUGGAGGCUGAUAACCUUGCGCUUGACGGCGGAGAAGCGUAUUCCAAACUGGUCAAUUCUCAUGGAAAGCAGAAGAAGGGGAAAGCAGUAACUAUCGAGUUUGUAGAGAAUUCUCCUAUGGGGAAGGAAAACAUAGGUCGUUGUCACGAUCGUUACGAAGGAAAAGAGGCAGUUAUGAUAGACUUCGCGGGAAUUUCCCCACGCGAGAAAUAUCCGCUGUCUCAGGUUCUUGAGAAUAACAUGAACGAAGCUGUUCUUGAGAAUAAGAUGAACGAAGCUGAGUCCUUGGGAAAUAACUCACUAGAAAGGGAUCAGCCGAUCAGUUCGACA